AUGUCGUCCGUUCCAAAUCCCAGACCUUCGCGCGCAGAUGACAUUCUUCAUGAAGGAUACGCGAAAUUUUUCAAAGGACAGACCAUCUUCCUGACGGGGAGCACCGGCUCAUUAGGAGGGUGUCUACUGUACAAACUCGCCCUUCAACUCCCCACACGCAAGAUCUACGCUUUGAUCCGGGGUACGCCCGACCAGGCCAUUGCCAAAUGGAAAAGGGCCAUGCCUGAACACACUCAGGCGAUCUCGUCUUGUCAAAAGGUCGACUUUGUAAUUGGUGACAUCAAGGCGGAAAAUUUCGACAUGACAUCCGAGGUUUUGGAAAGACUCAGCGACGAGGUCACUCUGGUGAUUCACACUGCGGCCAAGAUCAGCUUGGAUGCCAAUUUGUACGAUGCGAUUCAGAACAAUUGUCUUCCGUCGUUGGAGUUGGCUCGAAUCGCCUCACGAUUUCGAGCGCUUAAGUUGCUCAUUCAAAUCUCCACCGCAUAUGUGAAUAGUUUCCUGCCCGAUGGACCCGUUCUGGAACGAUCAUAUUCCUUCUCUGACGAGGACCCCGAAGAGACAUUGGCGUCGGCGUUGGCAUCGUCGGAGACGCACCCCUCUGCAAGAGCAGGGAGUGAUCGAUUCUCAUCCACAUACGCCCACGCCAAGUAUCUCAUGGAACAACUUCUCCUUCGCCGCUACCCCCUCCUACCCAUCCUUCUUCUUCGGCCGACAAUCUUUGGCCAGGCCCUGCGUCAUCCCUUCCCAACGUACGGACUGGGAAACUCCACCCCGAUGAACAAAUUCUUCCAAUAUUUCAUGGCCGAUCGGGGCGGUCUCCAGAUCUGGCACGCUGCAGAGGGGUACAAGACCGGCGCCAACAUUCUCGAUGAGAUCCCCGUGGAUUUGGUCGCCAAUGCAUGUCUCCUGCACGCGGCGGCCCGAACCACGGGGAUCGUGCAGAUCGGAGCGGAAUUGUAUCACCCUCUCACCUUUGACGACUACUUGGACAUUGCCGUGUCAAAUGCUCCGCCGGUGAUUCGGCGUGAGUUGCCUCAGGUCAUCUUCACGGAGGAUCGAACGGCUCAGCAGUGUUUCUUGGCGGAAAUGGUGCGGGUAGCGUCGAGGAAUUGGCUGUUUGAUUGUGGUCGUUCGUACUGGUUGAAGCAGGUCGGAGGGCCCCUGAGUCUUCGUGCGGACAAGUUGGAGGCCGAGGAAUUGAAUCGACAGCGCAUUCGGCAAAUCUACCAACGUGCGGCAGAGGUGGCAAGAAUGUAG